AUGAAUCGCCAGUACACGAUUGACCGGAAUAUGUCCCGACACACCACCCAGAAAGGGCUGAUCAUGACGGCAUCGCUCCAUCAUGUGGUGCUGAUUGAGAAAUACGUGAAUGCAAUAUCACGUAAGCAACUCCUGGUGGUAACGACGGACCUUGUGCCGAUCCAGGCGGCACUGGAGAUUGCAGAGGAUCGACCGAACUUGGUAUUUUUGUCGUCGUCAAUGCACACGGGCGUCGAUUUGGCCGGCCAGCUGUCCGAGAUCCAGAUCAUUGCAAAGGUACCGUGUUUACCGUACAAUGAGCCGAUCGUCAAGUACAAUUGGUUUCAUGUCGGAAACUGGUACGAACACCAGGCGGCGAUCGGCAUAAUCCAGCGCCUGGGGUGCAGUGCAGUAGUAGGGACCACUAACGUGCGCCUGGGCCGUAACUCCGGCACCGCGAACCAAUCCAGUGACGCAACCGCCAUAGGUAUGGACGCCGGCACGCCAAAUCAGGCGUCGGGAAGUGUGGCAAUUGGCAAUUCGGCGGGAAAUGACACGCAAGGUGCAAGUUCCGUGGCCAUUGGGAUAAGCGCGGGAUCGGCAGACCAAGGUGGGAACUGUGUAGCCAUUGGUCGGGGAUCUGGUAUAGCCGACCAGGGUUCGUACAGUGUGGCUAUAGGAACAUCAGCCGGGCGGGACACACAGGGUGAGCGCUCAGUGUGUGUGGGUGUAUACAAGGGCAUGACAACUCAGGAUAGUUCAUCAGUGGCUAUAGGGGAAUAUGCGAGGUAUACAUCACAGGGGGAUACCACCGUGGCGAUUGGUAAGGAUUCGGGUAAAACGACUCAGGGGGGAUCAGCCGUGGCUGUAGGAACAUCACCGGGCGGGACACACAAGAGUAGUUCAUCAGUGGCUAUAGGGGAAUAUGCGGGGUAUACAUCACAGGGGGAUGCCACCGUGGCGAUUGGAAAGGAUUCGGGUAAAACUACUCAGGGGGGAUCAGCCGUGGCUGUAGGAACAUUAGCUGGGCGGGACACACAAGGUGAGCGCUCUGUGUGUGUGGGUGUAAACUCGGGUAUGACAACUCAGGGUAGUUCAUCAGUGGCUAUAGGGGACAAUGCGGGGUAUGCAUCACAGGGGGAUGCCACCGUGGCGAUUGGAAAGGAUUCGGGUAAAACUACCCAGGGGGGUUCAGCCGUGGUCAUAGUACCUUGGCCGUUGGUCGGGAAUCUGGCACAACAUACCAGGGUUCGUACGCUGUGGCGGUAG